GGAUUUUCUGACACUUUUACUUGAUACGAAUAUUAAUCACAACAAAAGCAAACCAAAUCAAAAUCUCAAUUUUCGAAGAGAGUUGUUGAAACGUGACUGCGACAGCACUUUCUCGAUUAGGAAUUUGAUUGAUUUUUUAUUCUUAAGCUUUUAUUAGAAUGCUGCUAAAGAAUGUGUUACAGUUCGUUCGAACGCCGGUGCCUAAUUAUGUAAUCAAAAACCAGAUCCAAACAAGUGCCGCUUGUUUCGAAAUUCGGAAGUUGGCUCGGCUUCGCGUGGUGGAUAACAGCGAGAUCGGUAAACGAGCCAUGGCUGAAGGGAAGCCUCCCAAAUGUAUCCAUGUAUAUAAUAAACAGAUGGUGGCCAAAGUGGGCGAUAAAGUGAUGGUAGCCAUCAAAGGCCAGAAGAAAAAAGCCAUUCUCGUCGGGUGUCGACAGAAGCAGCAACCGAAGAUUCCCAAAUUCGACAGCAACAACAUUGUAUUGAUCGAUGACAACGGCACUCCAUUAGGGACAAGAAUCCACGUUCCAAUUCCAACUAUUUUGCGAACCAUCUUGAAGGAGAAAACGCAAGCAAAAGGGGCGGACUAUACGAAAUUGCUCGGGAUUGCUAGUAGGUUUGUUUAGAAAUAAAAAUAUACAAAUAAACUAUGUAGAAUAACAUAAA